AUGCGCAUCCCGCAGGUGGCGGAGCAGCUGGUGUCGCGCGGCGCGGACGCCAACGGGGAGACGCCGCUGGGCAAGAUGGCGCUGUUCUACGCGGCGCAGCUGGGCGACGAGACGUUCGCGCGGUGGCUGCUGGCGCGCGGAGCCGACCCGGCCCCGUGCACGAGCGCCGGCGGCGCCGCGGGGCUGACGCCGCUGCACGCCAGCGUCAAGGACGGGGCGGCGGGCGUGGCGCGCGCGCUGCUGGAGGCCGGCGCGCCCGUCGACGCCCCCGACGCCCGCGGACGCACCCCGCUCGCCUACGUCGCCGCCGCGCCCAAGCAGCGGCGCGGGGAAUUGCUGAAGAUCCUGCUAGACGCGGGCGCAGACCCCAACACACCGAUUGUACGGGAGAAACCUAUGACACUGCUGCAUUCAGCAGUGCUCGUAGGUGACACGGAAAUGGCGGAACUACUGGUAAACGCGGGAGCUGACCCACGUUUCAAUGCCUCUGGUGAUCUCACUCCCAUGGACAUUGCCCUGGAUAUGAGGGAACCUAGAAUGAUCGACUUAAUGGAACAAUGCAUCGCCGGCAAAAUGCGCAGGGCAGAAACUUUCCCGGCAGCAGAAGAAUCAAAUAGCAUAGCAAACCCCGCUGGCGAUGACGAAGAAAAGAUGUUGGUUGCCGGGACCACUGACAAACAGGUCUCCGAAAUGGUUUCUUGCGGGAAACAAAACGCAGAAACAAAGAAAGAACCAAACCAUCAUACAAUGGCGAUGAAAGAUGAAUGUGAAGAAUUGAACAAAAAAUCGUCCGCGAAUGCAGAGUCUCAUCAGGAUCAGAUUGCGCCAGCUCUGUCCCGCGGGUUGCCUACUUCGCCGAACGAGGCGCUUCUCUCGGCAGCGCGGCGCGGGGAUUCCCAGGCGAUCGGCACGCUCCUCGCGGCGGGUGGCACCAACGUCAACGAGGCGUCGGACGCCAUGGGCCACACGGCCUUGCACUUA